AUAUCUUUGAAAACAGAUUUCAGAAAUCUUAGAAUAUUAAAAAAAAAAAAAAUAGGAGGAGACCGGAAGUUGCUUUCUUUUCUUUAACUUCUUAAACGAGAGAGUGACAUAAUGAUUUGUGACUUUGACGAUUGACCAAAAUAUUUAAGAAUUGAGGUUGUAAAAAUCGAUCCCAAAAUGCCGGUUUUAAUUGAUCGCCCUAAAAUGACAGUGGCCACUUACCAGGCUCUGAAGCGUCACAUUAUGAGAGAAAGGGAAAAGAAGAAGCAAGAACAAGAACAUGAUGCUUUGGUUGAAAGAUUAAAAAAAGAACGAGAACUUCAGAAAAAGAAACAAGAAGAGGACAAUUUAACACUCGAGCAAAUAAAAGACCAGAUUGGGAUGAUGGAGUCAAAACAUGAAUCUUUGAAGAAUGAGAAACAUGAAUUAUUUUCACAGUUGAAAAAGGUUCUACACCAAGAAGAUGAAACACGACGCCGAGCACAGCUAAAGGAACAAAGUGAACUUUUAAAUUUCCAACAUCCUUACACUGUGACAGGACACCCAAUGCUCUUACACCCUGGUGUAACAGGACGACCCACUUUGUACAAACCUCAUCAACCACUCAUUCCAAUUCAGCAACGUCUUCAAGGGAUGAAAAGAACUCGUUCACCAUCUCCUCCAGUGACCGUUUAUCAACCAUACCCUAAUGAACAUAAAUACCCCCAGACAUCUUACGCUAUCACCACCAAGCAGCCAGCUGUUGUCUAUACUCCCUCUCAAGCGGAAUACAAACCUACCACCUAUGGUCAGAACCAACCACCACCCCAGGUAGCUUACGCCAGUCAAGGUACCCAUGCUUACCAGCAGCAAGCAGUCCCGUUCACAGCUGGCCCUCCUACCACCAAAUACACCACCACUCCAACCGUCGCAUCUCAGUCGGCUUUUACAUCUUACCCUGGUCAUUAUCCACAACAACAGAAGCCACUUACAGAAUCCUAUCCCCACAAUUAUCAGUUACAGAGGAUGCCACAGACAACUUCUCGCCAAGGAAGAGAACGGGAAUAUAAAGCUGGUUACCUGAACACUGCCCACAGCUCCGCUCUCCCUCUACAGCAGCAAUUAGAACAUGCCAAUCAGAAAUCUGGAUUUAGUGAUGAGAAAUUCAAAAUGCAGACUGUUCAACAGCAGCAUAUACGAGGAAUCACACCAAUCACAAGCCAACAGCAAACCCUGAUGGCCCGUCCUCUGCAGAUACAACAGAAUUCACAGCCAAAGGGCAGCAUAGUCACUGGCUAUUCUGGACGGGGUUCUCAGCCCCAACCUCAACACACUACCGUCAGUUCUUACCAACCAGUGACAACUCAGGCUACAUAUUCUGGUCACCAAGCUGCUGGACGUCCACAGGCAUACACAUCCCAGCAACCCCCUAAUCGUUUCUAUUAAACUGCUUUCAUCUAACACUGAGACACUUGAUGUUGCUUCGUAA